AUGGAUUACUUUUCCAAAUUCAAGAAACGUAUUGUAACACCCAAAGCACAGCCGACCAGUGCACUGCAGUUAGUCAAAUUUCAUAAAUGCUGGGACUAUGUUCAUAACAUCUUUAUAGCAGAGGAUCGCAGGGCCAAUUUGCAUGUCAAACAGACAGAGAUCCCAGAGAGAUUGCGCCAAAUGGUAGACAUGCUGGUAGAUGAAGAGGCGCGACAGGAGGACAAUACAACAGGCGUGUGCAUGGAGUACUUUUUGAAGCAUGGCAUACUACAGUACUUGGUCAACGUGUCUGAAAAGAUGGAUUAUCCAGAGGGCAUCCGUGGCGAAAGCAUUCGCACCAUCGCAUCCAUGGUGGAUCUACUGGAUGACCGCUUUCUCGUCCAUAAUGCAGUUCAUAAACCCACCAUCAAGCUGCUUCGAUUUUGUGUCCUGGAUGAGAGACAAAGUGAAUUGGAUCACGAGGAUUUGGUGGACCUCAUGUACACGAUAUGCUCCAAGAUUCAUGGAUUUCCAGCACUACUGAACAUCUUCUUUCAUGACAAGCAAUGGCUUACAACACCACAAAAGCCAUCAGCAACCGCAACAGCUACUACAGCAGCAGCAGAUACGCCCAUCAUGACGCCUAUGGUAGAGGUACCCGUUGCCCCACCUGAAUACGAAUUCCUGUUGUUUACAUACCUGCUGAGAUAUAUCCAUCGUGAGGGACGAUCUGGAGACUACGCUCGCACUGGAUUGUUGUUUUUGAUGGAGAUGGCGACAGAGCAACUAGGCGACUUUAUACUGGAAUCAGACUUUGCUACCAUCAUGGCCGCUGGAUUAGGCGCACUGUACUCGCAACUGCCUCGCAAGCUCAUCAUCAAAGACGAAAAGGAAGUCAAUAGCACAGCAGCAUCUUACUUGUUGGGUCAAGAUUUGGACCCUCGAUCUUACCCAUCAGACGAAUUUGGUGUCGAGCAAUCCAGCUCUGCUCAGUUCAAGUACCAGCUAGAUUCCUUUUUGAAGCUGCUCGAGUUUUGUCAGGAUGUGCUGCUUCGAUGUCCAAACAAUGCUAUCUCUGAGCGCUUAUUACAGUGUAUUCGUGGCAUUUUCAUGGAGAAUAUCUUGUAUCCGUCCAUUUUAGAAUGCUCUGAUGCAGAUGGAUCGUCAGUAGCUGUCAUCAGCUAUAUCGACUUGAUACUGCAGAUUGUACAGCAGCAGGAUUUAGCGUCGGUGAUGGUAGGCUUUCUUAUGGAGGAGACAGACGACGAAGAGCAGAUAGUGCAAAAGUUGAUGAUGGCGACACCAACGAGCUUUCGAGGCGUAGAGCUUGAUUUCAAGAGCACACCUUACUUUACGGCAGCAGAGCGGUUCACACUCAAGGACCUGAUCUUUACCAGACUCAAAUCAAGCUCACAACCCACUGUCAUUGCAACACUGAAGCUACUCAAGACUUUGAUUGUCAAGCACUGCAGGUUCUCUGACCGACUACUGUCCACAGUACCCGACAGAAACGAUGAACAAGCACCGCCUUCUACCAAUGUCUCGCACCAUAUCCGCGAAAUUCAGCUCUACUUUUCACUGAUAUCAGCCAUCGAUCAAGUGCAUGCAGAUGACAUUCUGGCCAUGGGAUACGAGGACUAUUUAGAGGAUGUAAAGACAACCCUAGAGCAAGAUGUAUGCUACCAGGGCCUGCUUGAAUCACCUUACACCACACAACAGCAAUUGCAUAAGAAGCCUGCGCCUUCAAAAAGUGAGCGACGUCGAAGCUUCAAGUAUGGCCAGCGGGCAGGUGCAUCACACGAAGAAGUGCACCAACCACACCAGCACAGUAUACUGCCAACGAGACAGCCUCCAGUGCGCCAGCGCAUCCGAUCCACAGACACUCUGCUUCAGCUUUUACUGGGUUUAUUGUCGCACUUUUUUGCACAAUCCUCUGAACUCAAUCUCGCAUUGACCAGUGUCAUCUCUGCGCUGGCUCUUUGUCCAUACCGAAGCUUGGAGGGAUGGAUCUCGUUUUGCGAGUCAGACCGUACCAAUGCAAACGACAUACUGCAUUUGGGCAGCAAGGGUGGUGCCAGAAACAGUGGUCUUAUGGACAUGCCUGCCUUCCAUGAAAUGCACCAGACCCAAGCUAGCAAUUCAAAGACUACGGAUGACGAUGAUGAUGAUGACAAAUCGUUGGAUUUUGGUGCAGAGCGCAAUUCAGUUCACAUGACAACGCCAACACAGUUCAAAUCAUUUCCUCCAUUUUAUACGCUGUUCCGUACCUUGACACAGCAGGUGGACUAUUAUAGAUCAGAAGUCGAUGGCUUUGAUGCCUUGCUGGAUGAACGAUGGGGUGGCCUUUUAUUUGGCCAGACUACGAUGGCUGCUGCUGCUGCUCCUGUGCCUUCCUUGUCGAGUUCCAUUCGUCGAGGAUCUACACUAGAUUCACAGCCUUCUGCAUCGACUAGCACAGCAACGACCAGUGCUGCAUCCAUGGUCGGCAAGCUGUUUGGUUUAGGCGGGAGCUCGAGCUCGGCGACCCACAAUUCAAGCACGUCGCAUGCUAAUGGUGGUAGCAGUACUGCUGGCAACAAUGCAUCACAACAAACAAGCAAGCGUCGAAAUUCGGUGGCUAGUCUGAAGCCUUCUACAUCAGCCACUACUGCCAACUUGUCAAAGUCCUUGUCCACCACCACGAUUGCACCCACGCUGUCCACGCCAUCAACUGUAGGAGCAGCAGCAUCGCUUGCUCCACAUCCACCGGCUGUUCAUCCCAUGUCUCCACUUGCAUUGCACGCUAAAAGGACGCUGCAGGUUCACAUUCAACCCUUAUUUCCCUCCAACUUUGAGUUUGAUAGGGAUCCCAUCUUGAGUCUGGAUGCAGAUGACGAGGAUGUAUUUGCACCGACCCAGCACCCAUCACAGCGUAGAAAGAACAAGUCGACCGAGAUCUCACUCUCCAUGUUGCUAAACAACGUAGUCAUUCUAGAAGAAGCCAUCAAAGAACUAGUGGCCAUUAUGCAAGUAAGAAGAAGUCGGGGCAUUGACAGAAUUAGGUAUACUUGA